GGGACUACUUUUACACCCACUUGUGGAAAUAGCGUCGUUAGGAACCUGAAAUGUCUUGUGGAUCAGAGAAGUUUGUGGAGAACAUAGGGAGCUGACUGUUAAUAACAAAACGACAUACAGUUAUCAAUGACGAUACAAACAAUUUAGUGUCCUAACUUGAUAGAAGGUCAUGGCGAGUUCAUAUACAUCGACACCAGAGACAACGAACGCAAACAGAACGUGUCGAGUUGUGCUCGGUCCCUGUACGGAUGGACUCCGUGACGUACUACGUCAAGAAGUUCCACCACACACAUUCCAUCAUGUCAUCAAACAAAACAAAUUCAAUCUUCCACGUCUGACGGCUGUUCAGUGUGACCUCAUUUUACCCAAGAAUGGAAAUUAUAUGGGAAGAUAUAAUGACAUUGACAUAUCAUUAUUGUAUAUCUUAUUGAGAAACAUAACCAACAUAUCUCCUCAUUCCAAUGGCUGGGGCAACGAUCCUGACCCCCAUGACACGAGUCUCUCUGCCAACAUCGAGAGGAUUCGAUUGGUCCGGAAUCGUUGUGUUCAUUCAUGUGAUCCGUUCAUGUCCAACGCGGACUUUACCUCCAUUUGGUCAACCAUUAGAUCGACAAUGGUAGAUCUGGAUUCCUUCCUCAUGAAUGGAAACAAAUAUGAAAAGGCGGUGGAUUUCCUACGUCAUGAGUCGAUGGACCCUGAAAAUGACCUACAUUACGAAGAAGAACUGAGGAAGCAGGUGGAGGAAGAUAAGACGACCAGGGAAAUAGUGGUCAAUCUUGAGAGUAAGAUAGACGAAACUGCUGAGGAAGCCAGGCGACUGGAUGGUAAAAUAGAAGAAAAUGUUGAGGAAGCCAGGAGAUUGGAUGGGAUGAUGAAAGAAACACACAAGAGAGUGGGCAAGUUGGAUGAUAAAAUGGAGAAAUUAACAAAGUCCCCCAUUCCCCCAAAUGUGAGAGAGCAAUAUGAUAUUGACGUUGAGAAAUGGAGAGAGGAAGACAAGCUAUACUAUGAGACCCACAGCUUCCCAUCAGUGAUGCAGAAAGUGAGAAACCAACGUUACGUAACGUUUGUUGGUGUGCCUGGGUCCGGGAAGUCUGCCACGGCUCACCACAUCGCCCUCAAGCUCCAGGAGGAAGGUUACGAGGUUGUACCAACCAAAGACGUCAGGAAGAUGGAGGACUAUGGUGACCCCAGGAAUCCGCAGGUUUUUGUUAUUGAUGAUGUCGUGGGUGUUUUUGGCCUCCAGAAAACUGAAUUAUAUGUAUUGACUAGUUACGAAGAGAAAAUAACACAAAAUUGCAUGGCUAAUUCUAGAACUUUGAUGACAUGUAGAGAGGCUGUGUUCAAUGAAACACUGCCUUACAAAUCAUUCCUUACCAAAGAAAAGACUGUGAUUAAGUUACACAGUGGUGACAAUGUAUUAGAUAACAAUGACAAAAAACAGAUUCUCAAGACAUAUGGUUUAAAUGUUGAUCUAAUGUCACCUGCAUCGCUGAAAUCAACAUCUGACAUGUUUCCUCUUCUCUGUAAAUUGUUUUCAAAGGAAACAAAAUUCCGAGCUCUUGGUUCAAAGUUUUUCCUGAAUCCAGUCCAAUGUAUCAUUGAUGAACUUGAUGAUAUGCAAAAACAUAACAAGCAGAAUUAUGCAACACUUGUUUUGUGUAUGCUAAAUGAAAACAGCCUAUCAAAAGAUUUUCUAAAAGACAUGAAAAAUGAGCAUUUUAUGAACAUGAAAAUUGAUACUUUAGGAAACUGUGAAUUACAAAGCCAGACCGAUGCAUUCACUUUUGUGAAAGCCUUGUCAGCAAUGGAGGGGACAUACACAAAACAAUGUGGGGCACAAUACACAUUUAUACAUGACUCCAUGUUUGAAAUAUGUGCUUAUCAGUACGGCAAACAGUUUCCAGACCAAAUGUUGCUGUAUAUGAGUAGUAGUUAUAUUGCUAAUUAUGUAAAACCACAGGCAAUUGAACCGGGUAUUGUUAACAAAAUCAAUGAGAAACUGAGUGAUUCUCAAUCUAUUGAGGGGAAUGUGAGUAACAAUGAUAGAGAUCAAAAAGAGAAGGAGAGAGAUGAUAAAACUAAUGAGAGAGAGGAAUCAUUUGAUCUGUGUAUAACGGUACACGAGGAUCAGUACUCACUGUUAGCAGAGAGAUUGUACAGAGACAUACAGAACAUGGAGCUGUAUGAUGUUUUCAGGAAUCAGGUUUUAAAACAUCCCCAGGUGUGUCAGGCUUUUAUUGGUGUGUUAGAGACAUUGACCUUCACAGAAUUGAAAUUCUUGUUUCUGUCCAAACAAGAAAACGUAGUUAAGAUAGUGAGUAAAAAAAAAAAUGUGUUGGAGGAGAGUGAAAAUGAGUGGGAGUGGUCGGAGAACUUGCAAUUGCAGGAGAUGUUGGUGUGUCAGAAGUUCAACCCAAAUGACAUGGGGGUUAGGUCAUGUGAUGGAAACACGUACAAUGUGAGAGUGAUUAGUUGGGUGAUUUACUAUGGACAUUAUCAGAUAUUAGAGUACAUACUACAACAGACUGAACAACACAGUGAUGUAAGUGAAUUAUUUGAGAUAAAAGGAGCUUCUCCACAGCAAUCUAAACAUUGGAUAUUUACAAAGAUUAUGAAUACGAUUUUCAAUAGAGGACAAAGAGAAGAGAAGUUGAGACUACUUUUAUUGAGUUGUUAUAGUGGUGAUGUACAGACAGUCAGAGUCCUACUUCCUGUCUGUAAGACAGCAAUAAAUGAGAAAGGUAGGAUCAUAGAUUGUAUUCAUAUGACUAAAUACAUUGGCUCUUCCCCUCUCACUGCUGCAUGUGAGGAAGGGCAUCUAGCUAUAGUUGAGGAGCUGGUGAAGGCGGGGGCUGAUGUCAAUCUACAGUAUAGACAGGGGAAUAUACCACUGAUACCUGCAUGUAAGGGAGGACAUGUGAUCAUGGUGAAGGCACUGUUGAAGGCGGGGGCUUAUAUCAAUGUAAAGGAUAAUGAAGGGAAUACACCGCUGAUAGCUGCAUGUGAUGGGGAACAUGUGAGUGUGGUGAAGGAACUGGUGAAGGCGGGGGCUGAUGUCAAUAUACCGAGUAGAUGGGGGAAUACAUCACUGAUAGCUGCAUGUAAGGGAGGGCAUGUGGGUAUGGUGAAGGCACUGGUGAAGGCGGGGGCUGAUGUCAAUCUACAGGAUAGAUUGGGUAAUACACCACUGAUAGUUGCAUGUAAGGGAGGACAUGUGAGUAUGGUGACGGCGCUGGUGAAGGCAGGGGCUUGUAUCAAUCUGAUUGCUGGAUAUUAUAAAAGACAUCUGAGUAUGGUGAAGGCGGAGACUGAUGCCAAUCUACAGGAUAAUGAAGGGACUACAUCGCUGAUAGCUGCUUGUCAGGGAGGGCAUGCGAGUGUGGUAGAGGAGCUGUUGAAGGCGGGGGCUGAUGUCAAUCUACAGGGUAAUUACAGGAAUACACCACUGAUAGCUGCAUGUGAGGGAGGACAUGUAAGUUUAGUGGAGAAGCUGGUGAAGGCGGGGGCUGAUGUCAAUCUACAGAGCAGAUGGGGAAAUACACCACUGAUAGCUGCUGUAAGAAAGUGUUCUUUAUCAGCAGUGAAAUAUCUAGUAGAACAUGGAGCUGACUGGGUUACUCAGAUUGUUGAUAUCGAUGUGUCAGCAGUAUAUACAGCAUUAAUAUAUAACAAACCAGAUAUAAUGAAAUAUCUCAUACAGGAACAAAAUAAAAUACUUCCUGAUACAAUGAAUGGGAAUGUACACCUGUUUAACUGUCUGGUGGACAUCAGACAUGCUGGAGUUAAAAUAGACAGUAGGGAUGGCGUGGUGGUGACAAACAGAUCAGUGUGGUGUAUGGAUAGAUGGGGAUAUUUGUGGAAGACAAUCAGUGAGGGAGACUGUGAUGUACUGAGACAUCUGUUGUGUGUGGGUCUGGAUGUCAACCAGUCGAUACAGUUAUUUCAUAAAUACAAAGAUGAUAAUAAGUCUGUUGUGAGACCUCUGUUGUAUACAUUUAUUGACAUGUAUCUUAGUCAUAGUACAGAUGUGAGGAUUCUACUUGGGAUGGGGACGGAUGUCAACGUCAGGAUGAAGUAUAGAGAGUAUGACUCUGUAUUAGACAGGGUGGGUGUGUCUUGUCUAGAGAGGACAAGGCGACUUCUGUGUGAGUACAGUAACAAUCAGAUUUUUAAAGUUGUGUACAGAGACAGGCUGUUAGAGUUCAAGAAAGUGUUGUAUGAGAUAAAGCAACAUGUCAGAAGACACUCUGUAUAGUCCCUGAUUGAAUUGUAGGGAUAUGGUGUUACUGAAUACAAGCAAAUGAUGUGUGAAAUAAAGAAACAUGUCAGAAGACACUUUGUAUAGUCCAUGAUAGAAUUGUAGAGAGAUGUUGUUACUGAGUACAAGAGAGAUAUGUGUGAGAUAAAAAAAACACACGUCAGAAGACACUCUGUAUUGUCCCUGAUAGAAUUGUAGAGAGAUGUUGUUUUGGAGUACAAGAGAUAAAAAAAAACAUGUCAAAAGACACUAUGUAAAGCCCCUGAUAGAAUUGUAGAGAGAUAUUGUUACUGAGUACAAGGGAUAACGAAACAUGUCAGAAGACACUCUGUAUAGUCCCUGAUAAAAUUGUAGAAAGGUGUUGUUACUGAGUACAAGAGAGAGAUUUGUGAGAUAAAUAAACAUGUCAGAAGACACGCUGUAUAUUCUCUGAUAGAAUUAUAGAGAGAUGUUGUUACCGAGUACAAGAGAGUGAUGUGUGAGAUAAAGAAACAUGUCAGAAGACACUCUGUAUAGUCCCUGAUAUAAUUGUAGAGAGAUGUUGUUACUGAGUACAAGAGAGAGAUUUGUGAGAUAAAUAAACAUGUCAGAAGACACUCUGUAUAGUCCCUGAUAUAAUUGUAGAGAGAUGUUGUUACUGAGUACAGUCCCUGAAACGUUCUACUUUAUCAUUUUCCCGUUCGCUCACCGUUCGUUCACCGUUCGCUCAGCGUGCAUUCACCGUUCGUUCAACGUGCGUUUACCGUUCGUUCAGCGUGCACUCUCCGUUCACAGUUUUGCGUUCAGCGUGCGCUCACCGUUCGUUCACCGUUCACAAAGCGUUCAGCGUGCGCUCACCGUUCGUUCAUCGUUCGGUCUUUUCAUUGUCAUUCGGAACACCAAAGUGAAAGGACCAAUCUUGAUAGCAAGGCGAAAAUGAAAAUUGAACGUGUGCGUAAGAGUGGAAGAAGACUUUCUUACUAUAUCAGAAAUUUAAUUUUGAAAUACAAAAUGCCAGGAUUAUCCACUGUGAAUGCCGAAAGGUUCAUUUGAGCUUUUGUUAAAAAAAUCUAAAUGAGAGACGAAUAUAAGAGUUUGUCGUUAUGAAUUUAACCUAAGUACAAAAAAUAAGGCAGUUUCAGGUAUUGAAAACCUCUUCCCCUGUGUUGACGAUUUAGCAUUUACAAGUUCGGGCAAAAGCUCAAAUUAUUAUAAUUAUUUUGCAUUGCUUGCCACGAGUUUUAAACAAGUCACCCCCCUUACUUUGAAAAAUAAAAACAAACUAUGCUACAUAAUAUACAUUGUACCGUAUGUACGUGUCAGAAUGUCAAAUUGAUAUAGCUAUUUUACGCCUAUAUUUAUGAAAGACAUUAUCAAUAAACUAAUAUUUACUACUCUUGCCAAAUUUGAAACUUUUGUAACAUUUGUCCUUAAUGCAAAGAUGUAAUUGUUUAUCUUGUACGUUUCUGCAUUAGCCUUUAAACAUUAUACAAAUAUUGCUCGAUCUAACUGCAAUCUAUGGUCACAUUAAUAAUAAAAAUAGUAAGUUUUGUACUGACGUGUGCAUAAAUUCUAGGAUUAUUUCCUCGGGUCGAUUUAGCUGCGACAAUUGAAUGACACAAAAUGUAAGUAGGAAUAUUUAAGAGGGUGUCCAUUAUGAUAUCAGGCAGAGGUCGGCACCUGCUAUCUCUCAGAUUUUCAUGAAACUUUGUGCACAGGUUCCUACUGACCCCAAUAUGAAAUUUGCCAAAUAAAAAGUUUCUAUCAUGUUUAGUUUGGGUUCGACAUGGAAAAACAACUUUGAGAUAAUUUUCGGUGCAAAAAGGUCACGAAAUAUUGGAAAAAAUUGCUAUGUUUGAACAGCUCUAAAAUGUCAUAUAACUAAGAAAUAGAGGAAAGCAAUAUUUUAUAUGUUAGAUAUACACUAUAUGCAAUAACUAAGAGGAGUUUUGUGUGUAUAUUCAUCCAAUGAAUGAAUUUAUUAAUUGUUAAAAUUGCACAUAUUUCACACCAAUAUAUAUUACAAAAUAAUGAUCAAAAUUUAAGAUCUCAUAAAACCGAAUACAAUGUCUCAAAAGAAAUAAAUUAUGUAUAACCAGAAACUUGAAGAGGUGUAUUUCAAGUUACAAAAAUAAAUUCAGUGGGAAAAGCAAGGUUUGAUGGUGAAAAGUUGAACUGAAAUCUCUAAAUUUUCAUAAGUGCGAAAAGGUCAACUACUUAAAUGAAGAUUGUUGAACUACAUAAAUAGAAAUAAAUAUGAAGUACAUAUAACCAAUCAAUGAUUAAAUGAUUAAAAUUCAUGAAAAAUUACUAGAACCUAUGAACAUUCAGAAAUAAAUUUCAUGUCUUUGUAUACAUUCUAUAUAAUAAAGGCAAAAAAAUGCCUAUAGAUGUAAAUCAUUAUAUAAAAUUUACAAUGUUGAUUUUUGGAGGUCAUUUCUGACACAGGAUUUGAUAUAAUAGUCAAUUAAUUAACACACAUAUAUGAA